AUUGGGAAGGCAGUACUAGAAGAGGUAAGCCCGCAUGCUGCUGCGAUGAUCCAAGAUGGCGCCGGAGCUCUGCUGUGUGAAGAAGACGACCCGCUCAUCAGGAACCGGCCAGAGCUGGUCUGGGACCUGACGUCAUCCUACGCCGUGGAGACAAUCCUGAACCAUCUCCUGUCGCGUGGCCACAUCAGUGAAGAGGAAUGUGGCAUCAUCAGGGCCAAGAGAACACCUCAUGACAAGGCAAGGGAGCUGCUGGACAUCGUUCGGCGGAAGGGCGCGGCUGCACGUCAGGUGUUCAGGGAAGCCCUGGAGGAGGUCGCCCCGCAUCUGGCAGAGAUGGUGGUGUGAGAUGUUCCUAUUGUAACUUUGCUCGUGGGGGCGAAAAU